UUUCACUCCUGGCAGGCCAGCACUGAUGCAGGGACAGCAGGAGCCCUGACCCCACAGCAUGUCCGAGCUCAUUCCUCUCCAGCAUCACUUCAGCUGGGAGCUGUUUCUCCAGGGACUCUUACACCCUCUGGAGUAGUGACUGGACCCGGAGCUCCAUCUUCCCAACAUCUCCGCCAGUCGUCAUUUGAGAUCCCUGAUGAUGUACCAUUGCCACCAGGUUGGGAGAUGGCUAAGACACCAUCUGGACAGAGAUACUUUCUUAAUCACAUUGAUCAAACAACAACAUGGCAAGAUCCUAGGAAGGCCAUGCUUUCCCAGAUGAAUGUUACAGCUCCCACCAGUCCUUCCGUGCAGCAGAACAUCAUGAACUCGGCAUCAGGCCCACUCCCCGAUGGAUGGGAACAAGCUAUGACCCAGGAUGGAGAAAUUUACUACAUAAACCAUAAGAACAAGACCACAUCUUGGCUAGACCCAAGGCUUGACCCACGCUUUGCCAUGAAUCAGCGAAUCAGCCAAAGUGCUCCAGUGAAACAGCCACCCCCUCUGGCUCCUCAGAGUCCCCAAGGUGGUGUGAUGGGUGGGAGUAGUUCCAAUCAGCAGCAACAGAUGAGACUUCAGCAGCUACAGAUGGAGAAGGAAAGGCUGAGACUGAAGCAUCAAGAACUGCUUCGGCAGGCAUUGCGGAAUAUCAAUCCCAGCACAGCAAAUUCUCCAAAACAUCAGGAAUUGGCUCUCCGUAGCCAGCUUCCAACAAUGGAACAAGACGGUGGAUCUCAAAAUCCCGUGUCAUCUCCUGGAAUGUCUCAGGAACUGAGAACAAUGACUACAAAUAGUUCUGAUCCGUUUCUUAACAGUGGAACAUAUCACUCCAGAGAUGAAAGCACAGAUAGUGGACUUAGCAUGAGCAGUUAUAGUGUACCCAGAACCCCCGAUGACUUCCUGAACAGUGUUGAUGAGAUGGAUACAGGUGACAGUAUCAGCCAAAGUAACAUACCGUCCCAUCAGAACCGUUUCCCAGACUACCUUGAAGCCAUUCCAGGGACAAAUGUGGACCUUGGGACACUGGAAGGAGAUGGGAUGAAUAUAGAAGGAGAAGAACUGAUGCCAAGUCUGCAAGAGGCUUUAAGCUCUGACAUCCUUAAUGACAUGGAAUCUGUCUUGGCAGCCACCAAGCUAGAUAAAGAGAGUUUUCUUACUUGGUUAUAGGGGCCUCAGGGAGACUGAAUUCUAAAUCUGUGAAGGAUCUAAGGAGAAUAGGACAUCUGUAUCUGAAGUUCAGAACAAGCCAGUGUGGCACACUUUGGCUUGUGUUCAGAAAAAGUAAAUGAACAAAUAAUCAACAAGAUUCUUUCGUUUUGCUCUUCCUUGUCCAUCGCUGCUGUUAUAUAUUGCUGACUUUUUUCCACAGUUGACUCUGAAGAACAGACAUCUUCUUGAUCUUUUUCUAUUGCUGUUGCAACUACUGUUCAAGGGGGGUGGGGAGGGAUGAUGAGCCUAUUUGGAUGACGAAUGCCAUUCCUUUUGUCCUAGUGUGCGCUUGCAUUACCAUUUUAUCUAAGUACUCAGAUUUGAAAGUUAAUUUCUGCAUGUCACUGCUUGUAGUUUGCUCAGCUAGUUGUCUCCUGUUGCCUGUGGCAAGUGGUAAAACAUGACAUACUGGGGUGACAAGCCAAAAAUGAUGUAUCUGGUCAAAAGAAGUCAAUACUGAUUUGGAGAUAUGACUUAAAGGAGGGCUGAAGACUGUUUGGCAUUAAGUGUUUCUACUAGUAGCUCUUUCAUUAGUCACAAAGUGCUCUUGUUCAUAUUUUAUGUUAUAGUAAAUCAUGAGUCAUUUUACAUAGAAGCAUAUAUGAACUUUGAUUGUUGCCACAUAUCCUAGCCUAACUUUUGUUUGUCAAAAAUAGUUUUAUUAUUUUUGUUAGUUGGUUUAACUGUAGCUGUAGGAUGGGAAUUAAUUAUAGGUGUUUGGGGUUUUUUUUUUAAUAGUGAAAUCUAAGGGUUUUUUCUGAUUUCACAUAGUCUUAUUUAAAUCUGAAUUGUCUGCUUUUUUAUACUUAAAACAUGCCUAUUGUAGCCUGAUAAGCUAGUGAGUACAUAAACCAGUAUGUUGUGCCUGUAACUUUUUUAUUUUUUUUAAAGGCUAGCUUUGAAUGUAAUCAUUAGAAUUCAUGACCAGUGGCUUAUUUUUCAUGUUUAUUUGCAAGAUUUUGAAUUAGAAUCUGAUUGCAGCAGUGUAAAAGUUAGAAAUCUAAGUGUUGUAUGUACAAUUUUUAAAUGCAUUUUAAAGUAGCAGAAACCAUUUUAAAAUUGCAGAUGCAUCUAAUCUCUCUUCUGGUUUUCAGUUUUGAUAUCUAAGCAAGUUUAGAUUUAAAAAUCUUUAAUGGGAAAAAACUUUAUUAAAAGUUUCUCUUAAGUUAGCAUGGAAAAAGAGAACUAUUAAUAUCACUCUAAGUUGCAAUGAAAAGGCUAGAACACCAAAAAAAAAAAAAUCUUCAACGAACACUCCUACAUCUAAUAAUUAUCAAAUUCUGUUUGGUGAAAAAUAAGCCCUG